AUUCUCCAUGUGCUACUGAAAGAGGAACGAAUAAGGAUGCUGUUACGAGGAUCCUGCAAACUGUUUCGCCCCGCCAACUAGGAUACGGAUGAAAAUUUAUUAAUGAUUUCGAGUUAAUGAAGAACUUUGUUCGAGAGGAGAUAGGAAGGAAUUAUUCUUGAAGAACUCAGGAGAUUGGUUGUUUACAGGACGUGGAAUGACAGGAAAUUAAAAACUCGGGGGCAUUGAAUGUCGUGGGUAAUAAGCUGACCAGAGCAAAGAUGAGUGACAUCGAGGAAGAGUUCGUGAUUCUUGACGAUAUAAAGGCAUUAGAAGAUGCCUUAUCCCAGAAGAAUUUACCUUCAUCCAGACCGGUUGAUUCUCCUGCAGAUUCAAAGAAACAGAAACGUUUUUAUAAAACUGAAACAUUCGACGAAGGAUUUGACUAUGAGUCCUCUUUAUCGUUGGAAGAUUCCUCUUCCUCUGAGACGGAGGACCUUGAAAUUGUUUCAGAGGAAGAUAAUCUACAGGCAGCCUUUAAGUUGAACCAGAAACUCAUAGAAAUCUUGGAGACCACCAAAGCGGAGCUCGAGUCGGUUCUCCAGGAAUGUAGGGCGAAAAAAAAAUAUGUGGAGGAGAAGCUCGAAACAACAAUGAGUUCUAAUGUGAAAGUAAUAAAUACCACUGCGGGCAUGCCAUAUUUCAAAGAUAAACAACAGUUUCCAGCCCCAAAAAAUGAGGAUGCCAGAUUCAAAGCAGCUCGAGGAGAAUUACAAAUUAUCAAUAUCAGAAAUAUUUGUCGGUGGACGAGGAAAGAUAGAAUGAUACUGUGUAAAGCUAUUAAUGCAGAGGCUGCUGCGGAAAUAGUGGAUCCCUUGCAUGGUACCGAAUCGAGUACGUCAAAGGAUAAGUCUACAAAGUAUGAGUCAACUUCUACAGAUGACAAAUUCCUACCAAAGAACUACAGGGACUUGAUAGGUCCAUUGGGAACAAGAGAAUUUGAUUGGUUAAAAAUAGCUGCAACAGAUUUUAACAACAAACACUCUGGCGAUGAAUGUCAAGUUAUGUGGAACGUCUUUUUACACCCGGAUAUCAACAAAAUCUCAUGGACCAAAGAGGAGGACAGUAAAAUGUUGAGACUAGCCAAAAAGUAUAACUUUCAAAAUUGGGAUGGAAUAGCAAGGGAGCUCAAGACUCAUCGGACUGGUUAUCAAUGCUUUAUCCGACACAAUGUGAGUAUACGAUCCAAAGUGAACACCAUGAGAUCUUGGUCAAAGGCGGAAGACCAGAAACUUAGUGAGAUAGUGGAAAAAGUAAAAUUUGGUGAUUUUGUACCUUGGGGCGAAGUCGCAUCCUACAUGCCCAAUCGAACCAAACAGCAAGUGUACUUUCGAUGGAUGUACAGCCUAGCUCCGCAUCUCAAGAAAGGUAGGUUCACCAAAGAAGAGGAUCAGAUUCUUCUGGAUGCGGUAAAAAAGUUCGGUGAUAACUUCAAGAGAAUCUCCGCAUUCGUGAUGCCACAUAGGAGUACGAUCCAGCUCAGCGAUCAUUAUCACACCUUGCUUACGAGGAAAGUGUGCGUAACUGGCUGGACUCUGGAAGAUGACGAAAAGCUCAUAGAAUUACAUGGUCAAUUCAGAGCCGACUGGUCCGCAAUUGCCCAGCACUUUACCCAUAAGACUCGGGUACAACUUCGACAUCGGUACUCUGCUCUGGAACGAUAUCAGAAAAAGGGAAUAACCUGGGCACAGAUUCCAAGGAUCUGUAGCACUAGUGAGACGUUAGGUUUGACUGCGCCCUCGAGGACUCUUACGUCAAGGAAGAAUGACUCUUACCUGGAAGAGCAAUAUAAAAUGAACUCAGAAAAUGAAGAUAUAAAAGGCACUGACAGGAAGAUGGAAUCCGUGGACCAACAACUUAUGGAGUACUUUAAAAGCUUCUAUCAGCCGGCUCGACCUGGUCGAAGAAAAAAGUACUAUACUCCAGAGGAAUUGCAAGAGAAUACAAAGGCGUUGCACAAAAUUCUAAAAAAAUUGAAUGCAAAUUUGAAAAUGCCGGAGCAACUGGAUGUUGAGGACAUGACCGAAAAGGAUAAACAACUGCUAGCUUCAUUCAGGGAGUAUGAGAAGAAGCAAGCCUUGGAAGAGGAGUACCGAGCUGCGAAUAUUGAGAAACUUAGGCAGCGAAUGUUCGGUAAUGACUCAUCACCAGGGAGUGUUUUUGUGCCUUCUGUGCCUUCCAGUAGCAAGGCGGAGAAGACAACUGUCACCUGUAUGUCAAUAGAUUGUCCAAGCACGGGGGAUAAUUAUUGCAGUGAGCCUGACUUAAUCUUUGACACUCCUAGAGUAAUCAUCUCCUUAAUUGGUGGUGACAUUGUGCAAAAUCAGUUUGAAAGUAUCAGUCGAAUGUUGGUGACUUUGAAGGGUGUAACGAUUCAGGACGAGUGGACUCAAAGUGCGCAUCCUAGAUCGAUGAUUAACAUGGAAAAAUUUGCAGCUUGGUCAACUGCAAGUGCAAGAAAUCAGUCUGGCUCAUCUGCGAAUUUAAAUAAAAUAAUUAGUAAAGUUAAACUAAAGACUAUUUGUUCAGUGGAUGGUAACAAAACUAAUGACUCUACGAGGGGGGACUUCUGGAAUGUGAUAGAACCUUGCUACAGUACUUUACUUGGUUUCCGGAACAUGUGUACCUCAAAACUAUUAUUUGAUCUGCAAGAGAAGGAGGGAAGUACAUAUCAAGGUCAAAGGAAAAUGAGUAGAAAUGGACAUCGAGCUCUCUUGCUUUUAAGAGAUCGCCUUCUCAAACUUUUCAUGUAUCCAAUUGGCAUGGCUCAUACCUUUCCUCCGAUAGUACAUGAAAAUGACUGCAUCUUCCUACACCAUGGAGAAAAUACUCAAAUUCAGGGCGAUAAGAGAAAACAACAGGCUACGCCAGGUUUUAGUAAAAGAAUUAAGGUAGACCAUGACAGUGAGAUCAUAUUGGGGGACUGACAGCAUGUCGUUAAGUAUGACAUAAGCUGUUAAGUACAAUAUGAGCUGUUAAAUACUAC